AUGUUUGCCGUUCCGGGCUGGUCGGUCUCCGCCGACGCCCUUCAGGCUGAGCAGGCGCCGUCGGCGGCGAGCAGGCCUACUGGCGCCAGCUCCAAGAAGCGCAAGAGAGCUGGCGGCGCAUCGGCCACGGAGAGCGUGACAGCCUCCAACGUCAUCGACCUCUACGAGGCCGUCGUCGAGGGCAGGGGGAAGACGGGCGACGGCGGGAAACGGGUCCGGGCUGCCAAGAAGCAGAGGGGAGACGCUGAUGCUAAAAGGGGGGACAAGAAGGAGGUCAAGCGUGAUGAGACGCGGUCAAGCGACAAGGACGGUGCCCAGCAUGAGCUCAAGAAUGAGGCCAAGGGCAAAAAGGACAAGAAGAAGCAAAAGCAGCGGGAUGACAAGAAGCGACAGUCUCCUGCCCCCGGAAGAGAAGACGCGCAGGAGUCCAACAAGGCACCAGCUCCAAACACCGACACCGUCGCCAAGACAAGUCAACCACCAAAGCCCCCGAAACCAGCCAAACUCACUCCUCUGCAGGCGUCUAUGAGAGAGAAGCUCAUCUCGGCGCGGUUCCGCCAUCUCAACGAGACCCUCUACACGCGGCCCUCGGGCGAGGCCUUUACGCUCUUUCAGGAAUCCCCCGAGAUGUUUGACGAGUAUCACGAGGGCUUCCGGCGGCAGGUCAAGGUCUGGCCUGAGAACCCCGUCGACAGCCUCCUCGAGGACAUUCGGGCCAGGGCGAGGAUAAAGCCGCCCCACGGCAAGGGCAGGCCGGGCGCACCCCCAGCGCUGCGGGCGAGGACUCCGCUACCGCGGACGGCCGGGACCUGCAUCAUCGCCGACCUGGGUUGUGGCGAUGCCCGGCUCGCAGAGUCGCUGCAGGCCGACAAAGCUAAGCUCCGGCUCGACGUCAGGAGCUACGACCUGCAAAGCCCCAGUCCGCUGGUGACCAAGGCCGACAUUGCCAACCUGCCGCUCGAGGACGGGUCCGUCAACGUCGCCAUCUUCUGCCUCGCCCUCAUGGGCACCAAUUGGCUCGACUUUGUCGAAGAGGCCUACCGCGUCCUCCACUGGAAGGGCGAGCUCUGGAUCGCCGAGAUCAAGAGCCGCUUCGGUCCUGUGCGCAAGAAAAACGCUCCCGUCGAUCACAGCGUCGGCAACCGCAAGCGCGCCGUCGGGAAAAAGGCAAAGGGUGCGCGCGACGGAGAGGGCGACGCCGCUGACGGUGAGGACCUUGCCGUCGAGAUUGACGGCGCCGAGGACCUCCGGCGCCAGACUGACGUCUCGGCCUUUGUCGAGGCCCUGAGGAAAAGGGGCUUUGUGUCGCACGGGGACCGCGGCGAGGCAGUCGACAUGUCCAACAGGAUGUUUGUCAAGAUGCACUUCAUCAAGGGCGCCGCGCCAACCAAGGGGAAGGGCGUCAAGCCACAGGAAGCGCCGAGGCCGACAAAGGGCGCUGCUCUUAAAUGGACGGCCGACAAAAACGACGAUGACGGCGAGAAAGAGGGCUCGGGGGAGGCGGCCAUUCUCAAGCCCUGUGUGUACAAGAUUCGCUGA